UACCUCUUUUCUCUUCCUCCAGGAAAACUCUGUUGGCGACUUGCAGGUUACUUCUUCUGGCCCUUUGGAAUAGUGAUUCAGAAGACCAGCGAGCAGAAUCAGAAUUGCCACGUGAGGUUCAGCAAGUAUGACACCAUCGCGGAAGUCAACGAGAGCAAGGAAGGAACUCCCCUUCUCAUCCGGCAGGAGCCCGCUCGUAACGACUCCACCGUCUCUCACUGGCGGCGUCUCAGCACCUACGUCUGGCUUUUCUUGGGUUACCCCGUCCUCUGCUUGGCCCACGGGUUGGUGUGCUGCAUCUCCUGGGUUUUGGUCUUCAUCAUCCCGGUGUCCAAGAUGAACGCCCGCAUGAUCACCAAGGUCUUGCUGAUGCCCCCGGAGCGUGUUCUCGUGCAGCGUCUGAGGAAGACGGAGGUGCCCCUGGAUGCCGACGUGAUUCUCUGCUGUUACCGUGCGUUUAACCCUUACUAUUACAAAUACGCCGUCGAAGGGAUCAAUGUCUUUGCUGUCAACCUGUUUGGCCUCGUGGUCGUGACGCUGGUCCUGGGCUACGCCGACAAGCACAACCAUUACACCUCCUCCAUGGCGAAGUUCACCUUGGCGCUUGUCUCCAUCAUGCCCCUGUCGUACUACAUAGGCAUGGCGAUCGCCAGCAUCUCCGCCCAGAGUACCUUUGCGGUGGGGGCGGUGGUGAACGCCACCUUCGGCUCCGUCACCGAGUUGACGUUCUACAUCACGGCGCUCAUCAAAGGCACGCGCGAGAAGAACAAGUGCUACGAGGAAAUCGUCAAGUCCGCUCUGACGGGGACCCUCCUGGGCUGCGUCCUUUUUAUCCCGGGCCUGUGCAUGGUGAUCGGAGGCACCCGGCACCAAGAGCAGAGGUUCAACAGCCGCUCGGCCGGGGUCAGCUCUGCCCUGCUCUUCCUGUCCGUGGGAGGUGUCUUUGCGCCCACCCUCUUCUCCAAAGUGUACGGGCGGCUGGUCUGCGGGGAAUGCCAGAACAUCACCCAAGAGCCCGUGGGGCACUACAUCUGUCAGAACUGCCACUUGGAUUUGAUGGAGAACAACGGUACUCUCUACCACAGUCAGGUUCAGCCCCUGGUGUACACCGUGUCGAUCCUGCUCCCUGUGGCGUAUAUCAUUGGGCUUGUCUUCACCCUGAAAACUCACUCCCACAUCUAUGACAUCCACAUCAGUGACUGCCACAUGCCCGGCCGCCGCCACCACCCCGUGGUCCACUGGUCCCGCCUCAGGGCCCUGGUCAUCCUCCUGGUGUCCACGGUGUGUAUGUCGGCCUGCGCUGACCUGGCUACGGAGCACAUCAGCCCCAUCCUAAGCAGCUCGACGGUGUCGCAGUAUUUCAUUGGGGUGACGGUGCUCGCCAUGGUGCCGGAGAUCCCGGAGAUCGUCAACGGGAUCCAGUUUGCCUUGCAGAACAAUAUCAGCUUGAGCAUUGAAAUCGGGAGUUGCAUUGCUGUCCAGGUGUGCAUGUUGCAGAUACCCAUCUUGGUUCUUUUCACAGUCUUCUAUCCGACGGAUUUCGUGCUGGUCUUCAGCGACCUCCACGUCUACGCCAGCAUGUUCAGCGUAGUCCUGAUGAACUACAUCUUUAUGGAUGGCAAAUGUGACUACUUCCAAGGGACGGUGCUGGUGAUGGUCUACUUCAUCCUCCUGGCCGUAUACUUCUUCUCUCCUUCCCCUCAGGGAUGCUGAACUGUAGCUCGGCGGGCCUGCGCAUUCCCCAGCCGCUUUGGGAAGGCAGCUGCUCCCACCGUGAGCAGUUUUCCUUCCAAGAAGGAUUUCCUCUCAGGGACUCGGCUCUGGCCCGGCUUUUUUAAAAGCACAAAGCGGGGCGAAGGACCCCACCACCACCACCACCACAUUUGCACCCUCCAGUUCCGUAAUCCACUCCUGAGCUUAUCAGUGUUUUAAAUGCAAAGGUGGGGUUGGAACUGAAACAACAACCAGUGCUGCAGAACUUCUCUGUCCCCAAGAAGGAACCAGAAUGAAGGGAAAGCGGACGUCUUCGGCCGUGCACCAAAGGUUCCUGAGACCCAGAAAACUCCCGUGUCGACGGAUCUACAUUGUUCCUGGGUUUUUUUUAAAGACUGACAACAUAGCGAUGUGUUAACAAUGGCUACCUCAUGUGA